AAGCGCUCGAAGUUUAUCAUCCACAACAAUCACUAGCUCGUCCUUAACCUCGAGAAAAUUUUCAUUUUGAGUAGCAUGCUCAUCACGAUCUCAAACGAUGAGUAACGACACCGUACUUGUUUGCCAAACUGUCCUUCACAAAGACUAAGUUUGCAAUAGUUGACAAGCUUCAGGCGUAAUGAAGAGGUUUGAUAAGCCUCUUGAGGGUUUGCCUUCUGAAUCAAGAAAUUCACGCCAUUGUUUAUAUCAAUCGUGUUUGGACAACCACCCGCAGAAAUAUAGACAGAUCGCUCUUGACACAAUUGUGCAUCGAGUUACACGCAUGAUUUCCUUCCUACGUAUUAAUGUCGUGCUUUACACAUGUGACCGCCACCGUGGAUGUGUCAAUGCUCGACAACGGUAAUUCAUUUUAAGACGCA